GAACCACAUCCUUAGAUUGGCUAGGACUAAGCAACAGUUCCAAGAAAUUUUAAUUUAGCAACUAAAAAUAUACCUGGCUUGCCUGACACAUCAAAAUCUCUGACUGGUGGAUAUUGGGGGAAAAUGUGCUUAAUAAGCAACCUCCAAAAUUACAGACGGAAUACUACUGACAGACAAUUGUUUAAGUUCCAGAAGAUGAUCACCGUGAGAGUAAAGCUUGAAUUCGUCGCCUCUGGUCACUACCCACCAGUUCCACCAGAGCUGACAUUGACAGUCCCUGAGGGAACCAAUUUGCACCAGAUCCUGGAACGGGCAGCAGAACAAGACACAGGCUACAAUUUCACUUUACUAACCUAUCCGCACGGUCACAUGAUAACAUCCAUCUGUGGGGUGCACAAUAAUCCUGAUACUAACAGAUGCUGGAUGGUCUACUCUAAUCCACCAGAUGCACUGAUCCCUUCAGGAAUAGAUGAAUAUCAGCCACAUGAUGCUUCGCUUAUCACUUUCAAGUUCCUGAAAAUUAUAACCGUAAGAGUGAGUCUUGAUUUCACCAAAAGUGGUUAUUAUUCAUCAUCUCCACCUGAGCUGACUCUGAGAGUCCUUGAGGGAACCAAUCUGAACGAGAUCCUACAACAGGCAGCAAAAAAAGACCCAGCCUACACGAAUACUCUAGAGUACUGUCCUUCCGUUGCCGGUCACCGGAUAACGUCCAUUUGUGGGGUGCACAAUAACCCUGAUACUAACAGAUGCUGGAUGGUCUACUCUAAUCAACCAGAUGCACUGAUCCCUUCAGGAAUAGAUGAAUAUCAGCCACAUGAUGCUUCGCUUAUCACUUUUAAGUUCCUGAAAAUUAUAACCGUGAGAGUGAGUAUGUCCUUCCGUUGCCGGUCACACGAUAACGUCCAUUUGUGGGGUGCACAUUAACCCUGCUGCUAACAAAUACUGGAUGAUCUUCUCUACUCCACCAGGAGCACAGAUCCUUACAGGAAUAGACGAAUAUGAGCCAGAGGAUGGGUCUCUCAUCACUUUCAAGUUCCAGUAGCUAGAUGAUUACCGUGAGAGUGAUUUUGAGACAAUAACUUACAAAUUUCUUGCACGCUGAUCGGUUAAUUCUUAUCAUCAAUAAGAAAACAAACACAAGCCGUCGUGAACGAGCGCGCGCUUUUUCCUUUGAUGAUUUUUUUAUAGUUUAGUUUAGUUUAGUUUAUUUGUCACGRUAUAAACAUAUACAUUUUAUAAGGCCCCGUCCACACGUAUCCAGAAAUUAUU